AACUACCUCUCUGCCCAUUUCCUAAUACUUUCUCAUUCAUUCACCCACUCACCACUCUCUCUCUACCUUCUCUCUCUGCGUCUCUCUCUCUCUCGUUCCAUAGUUCCCAGAUUCAGGACCAACUUGCUACCCAAUCUCCUUCACCGUGGGUACCUCCUCGGAUUCUGUCUCUUUGGGGGUACCAUUUUCCCUUCUUCGCGCCACAGAUCCGAUCUACACUUCCCUUUUCUUCUCCUCCUCACUAUUUCCAUUUCUAGAGCGUUUCCCUUCAUAGCAAAUGCAAAGGUUGAAACUUUGACCCUCACAUGAAUCCUGCAACUUUUUUCAGCUUCUGGGGUUGUUGCUAAAUUAAAUUCCUCCUUAAAAAUGCUAUAAGAAGCUAAAGCUUUCUACUUUUUCAUUUUUCAUUUCGUGGGGUUGAAUUGUUGUUACACAAAAACAUCAAAAUGAUCAACAAAACGCUUUUUCUCACUUAUGUUUACUUGUUCAUCUACAUCUUGCUUUCUUCUGGAGUCAUUUUGUACAACAAGUGGGUAUUGUCUCCAAAAUACUUCAACUUUCCCCUUCCUAUAUCGCUCACCAUGAUUCAUAUGGGAUUUUCUGGGCUUGUGGCAUUUUUCCUUGUCCGGGUGUUUAAGGUUGUAACUCCUGUCAAAAUGACUUUUGAAAUAUAUGCAACUUGUGUGGUACCAAUAAGUGCUUUCUUUGCAUCAAGUCUUUGGUUUGGCAACACUGCCUACUUGCACAUCUCUGUGGCUUUUAUCCAGAUGCUCAAAGCUCUGAUGCCGGUAGCAACUUUCAUUAUGGCUAUUAUGUGCGGAACUGACAAAGCAAGGUGUGAUGUGUUCUCGAACAUGUUGCUGGUCAGUGUUGGGGUUGUCAUUUCCUCCUAUGGGGAAAUUCAUUUUAAUGUAGUUGGUACAGUUUACCAGGUCACUGGCAUCUUUGCAGAAGCUUUAAGACUGGUCUUAACACAAGUUCUUCUUCAGAAGAAAGGAUUGUCUUUAAAUCCUAUUACAAGCUUAUAUUACAUAGCUCCUUGCAGUUUUGUGUUUCUCUUUGUGCCCUGGUGCCUACUGGAGAAGCCUGUGAUGGAAGUUUCACAGAUUCAGUUCAAUUUUUGGAUCUUCUUUUCCAAUGCUUUAUGUGCUCUAGCAUUGAAUUUCUCCAUUUUCUUAGUCAUUGGUAGAACUGGUGCUGUAACCAUCCGGGUUGCCGGUGUACUUAAAGACUGGAUAUUGAUAGCUCUUUCGACAGUUAUAUUUCCAGAGUCUGCAAUAACCGGGUUGAAUAUAAUUGGUUAUGCUAUUGCACUGUGUGGAGUUGUGAUGUACAAUUACAUUAAGGUUAAAGAUGUCCGUGCCUCUCAAUUGCCCGCUGAAAGUAUUCCAGAUCGGUUGACCAAGGACUGGAAAUUCGAGAAGAAAUCGUCUGAUAUUUUUGUGCCAGAUAGCGUUAGUGAAAAUGAGGGAAGUAGUGGAGGUGAUGGUAUAGCCUCUGAUAUAAACUUUGAUGAAGAAGCACCAUUGAUUUCAUCAUCAAGGUUAUCUCAUAUUGGGCGUACGCAGCUAUCCAAGUGAAAAACCAAAAACAAGUGAUAUCAUUUUGGGAUAAGAAGUAGAGUGAGGAGUGAAAUGCAUUAUUCCUCUCAUUUUGGAAAAAUCAAACGUUCGCAGCUAAGCUGAGUGAAAUGCAUUCUAUUCCUCUCAUUCUUUUUUAGACAGUAGUAAGUUUUGUAAUGAAAUCACGUGCUUGUUCUUUGUAAUUACUAUGCUGUGUAGAAUGUAUCAUUUCUCCAGUGUUGGAGGACAAUAGAGGUCUCUUCUUGGAUUGGAAGCUCAGUUAUUUAAUUAUUUCUUAUUACAUAA